AUGCCAAUUUUUAGAAAAUCUAGCAGAAGCUCUUCUUCUCUAGCUUCUUCUUCUACUGGUAAUACGUGCUAUGGUAGUGAUGAAGCUGCUGAUCGUGUUGGCAGUGAUACUGAUCGCCGAGUUUCCACAUCACACAAAAGGUUCAAACCUCGCGUGGAGGUUAUCGCUAUAAAAGACUAUAAGAAGGCUGCUAAAACUCUACAGAUCGCUUUUAAAGAUGAUCUUUAUGUUUGCUAUCUUACUUCCGGUAUUACCGAUUCAAGACUGAAGGAGCAAUUGGAUCUUGCUCUCUUUGAAGCCACGGUUUAUUCAACACUUUUGUCCGGAAUGGUGGUUGCAGUCCGUGACGUAGAAGGAGAAAAAGUGGAUGCAGAUGCACCUUUUCUAGCGGUAGCCUGCUUUGAUAAACCACGACCUAGGGAAGACCACUCGUCGAAGUCAUUACUUGGUUCGCUUUGGUCCAUGUAUAAAGGAGGAUACUUGAAGUUCAUCUGGAUGGCAAACAAAGAGACGAGACAAAGAGUGUUGGAGGAGCAAUCUUCAAUGCUUGAAGAGUUUCGAUAUGAGGCUUUAGGUGACGAAUUUGCUUCUUCUUGGUACAUGUCUGACAUUGGCGCUAUACCUAAAGGUAGGGGUAAAGGAUUGGCGCGUGCUUUGGUUGAUUACGUAUGCCAGCACUUUAUUGAUACCUACAGACCACCGUCUCCAGAUGGGGAUGAUCUUGACGAAGAGUUAAACAAUUUGGAGACAGAGGCUGCUGCUGCUGUCGGUGGUGGUGGGGCAGGCUCAAAUCUGUUCCAAGCCAGUGAAGACUCACAAUUAAAUUCAGAAAUCGAAAGUUUCAAAUUUGGAUUCGACUUGGACUCGGACAAUUUUACAGAUUACUCGGGAUAUUCAAGCGCUUCCGACUCCGACUCUUCUUCAGCACACUCCUCUUGGUAUUACAAGGAGGAGGAGGAUAUUUUAGCACAAUAUGACAAUAGAAAGAAUAAGGGAUUACAGAUAGGAGCACCACUCUAUCUCGAAAGCUCUCAUCCUAGAAACAAGAAGAUAUAUCAGAAAUUGGGAUUCACCUACCUAAAAACUGUCGACAUCGCUCAGGUCACCGAUAAAAAUGGCUAUCUAAAGACUCUGACUAUGGAUUUGAUGGUUCGUGGUGUUAAAGGCGCUCGUUGGGUUAAAAAGGCAGAACGUCAGUUAAUAAAUACAACAUAA